GUCACCGCUGGUAGAAACUAAUGUAAACAUUUUCACUGGACGCUGUGAUAAACACCAGCCUUCAGAAGACAUGGUCAUAAUACAGUAGAGUGUAUCGCGUGUUUUGGGUACAGAACACAGCCACCUUCCACCUGGCUGACUAUUAGGGCAUGAUCUGUUUUACACUCCUCAACAGCCUACAGUUUUAGCGACUAAAUCAGUGUUUUGUGUGGGGGUAGGUCUUCCAGGCGUAGUUACUAACCUACACUUGUUAGCACCAUGUCCACUUCUGUCGAUGUCCACGCACAGCUGGCGUCCAUAAUAGAGAGGUUUGCCAAAUGUGCGCUGGUGGAGAUGACUAAAAUAGUCGAUAACGACUCUGCGCUGCUACGUGCGGAGAUAUCGCGAAGACAAAUGGAGAUCGAGUCGCUCAUGUGUAAACUACAGUUUGCAGAGAGCGAGCUGAGGUCAGCACGCCAGGCAGCAGCCCGCCAACAUCCUCCUCCCAACCUCCGCUCCGUGGGAAUUCAAGUUAGCAACACCUCUACACUGCCAGGACACCAAGAAACACACCCAGAUACAUCCCAGCAGUCUUCCAAUGCAAAGGAGGGUGGAGUAGAACCAUUUCAUGUCAAAGAGGAGAGGACUGAAGUGAAGCCAUGGGACAGUGGAGAAGAUCCACAGGUAGAGGAGAGCCAUGGUUGCUGGGAAGAGGAGAGGGAUUCACCCAGCAAAUCUGGAGAUGGUUGUGAUGCAUACCUACCUAGUGAAGCCAAACCUGGUGUUGUCUGGGAUUCUCCUGAAGUGGGAGAUUUUAACAUGAACACGGCACAGAGACCAGAGGGAUCACAAGAAGCUCCUAAUACAAGUCUUGGCCAGCGGAACAUGGACAUAUCCCCAAGCCCAAGAGAGAACAUCAUCAUCCAAUAUCAUCAAGUAACAGAAUGUGAUGCCAUCACUCAACACAGACUUGGUCGGUCUGCUAAUAUUGCAGCUGCUCACAUGGUUCCUCCAGUGACCGAGCAGAGAAGCGACGGGGCAGCAACAGGGGAAAAAAGCUCACGCUGCCCUCAAUGUGGUAAAACGUUCACCACCCGCUUCUACUUGAAGAUCCAUCAGCGCAUCCACACAGGCGAGAGACCGUACACUUGUCUUCAGUGUGGAAAGCGCUUCUAUUGCAACUCGCAUCUUAUCUCUCACCAGCGCUCACAUACUGGUGAGAAGCCCUACAGUUGUGAAGAGUGUGGCAAGUCCUACUCACAUUUAAACUCCCUCAAACUGCACCAACGCAGCCACACAGAAGAGGAAGCGUAUGCCUACUGGUGACUGGCAACCAAAGAAGAGUGCAUUUGGUCUCUGUAAAAUGUUUACAGGUUUUUUUACAUAAUAGUUUAGACAGGUAAGGCUAAUGUUGGAAGUGCCACAUACACUACUGUGCAAGAGUCAGAGACAACCUUUCACUUAUUUAAUUCAUAGACAAAACAGCCAUUAAUUGCAAGUUUUGUUUUUUAAAAGAUAUUUUUGAGGAGAUUCAAUAUACAAAAUCAAAUUGAAUGAGGGUGGACAAAGGUAAAUGAAAGUAAGUGGGGAAAAAAACAGACGUUUUCAAAACUGAAGUUUAAAAAAAAUUGUUAAAUGAUACAGAGAAAAUGGGACUCCAAUAAACCAUACUAUGCCUGGUAGACCAACAAAAUGUCACCAUCAAAUAAACAGUACUUAAAGCUUUCAUCUGUGUGAGAGAGGAGAAAAUCAAGCUCCACUCUUGCUGCAAAUCAAAGAAGCUUAAUGUCUACUCAGAACAUCACAGGACCACCCCAGAGUCCAUAUGUUAGAAUUGUUGAGUGUGGAUGGGUUUACAACCAACUUCUAAGACUGUAUUUUGGAGGUAUGGAAAAAUAUCCCUGUAGUUUUCUUAAACAAAAUGAAAGCCAGUCGACUGAAAAGAACUUCUGUAUAAUUUUCUGUUAAAUAUAUUUUCUGCUUUUCUCUUGACAUUGAAAAAUUAAUAACUUAUACUUACUUGCCAAGUUGAUUGAAAAUUAAAUAAAUGAAGGGUAGUCUCUGCCUUUUGCACAGUACUGUAUGUAGUAUACAAGCCAACAUGCUUUCUAUUUUUAAGUUCAAGUAAAUGUGUCAGUUAUUGUCCAUAGUAAACGCACAACAUACUCUACAGAUGGGCACAGAGAUUAGGUUGAAAAUCUUUGGGAGUAUUUUUUAAACAAUGAAUGAAGGUGAACCACCAGUUGGCAUUAUACAAAUAUAGACAUAAUUGGUGGCUGCUACUAGGGAUGUAGCGAUGCACAAAAUUCAGAAUUUGAUUUGAUAUGAUACAAUGGUGUCUCGAUUUGACACAUUUUUUUCUUAUAUGAAUGUUAUUGCGAUAUAUUGUACUGUUACAUCCCAAGCUACAAUCUUCCAUUUAUUGUUAACCAUGUUAGUCUGUUUGAUUGAGCUAUUCCUUUAACUGUGUCGCACAUUUUUAGAAAAGCGUCCAUUGAUACAAAUUUGUAUUUUCUGUUGGACAGAGUGCCUGAUAAUUAUUCAACUUGCCAAUUAACUGGUCCUUAAGUUUGAAAAUUGAAAAGUGUUACUGUGUGUUAUGAGUUUAACUUUGUUAAUUAUGAGUUAUUGUAACUUCAUAAGUAUGUAUAUUGAUGUAGUUUUUCUGGCAAAAUUUGAUUAAUUUGAUAUUUAAAUACAAAUUGUUAUGCAAAGGUU